AAAGAUAAUCUCACUUUGCUUUGCAGGAAAGAGUGGCCCUGAAUGCAAGCAUUGCCGAGCUGAUCCAGAUAAAGAAUGUCGAUUUUGUUCAUGUUAUCUAUGUGGAGGGAAACAAGAUGCCCACAUGCAACUUCUCUGUGACGAGUGUAACAUGGCCUACCAUAUAUACUGCCUGAAUCCUCCUCUAAGCAAGAUACCUGAAGAUGAGGACUGGUAUUGUCCUUCCUGUAAAAUUGAUUCCAAUGAAGUUGUAAAAGCUGGGGAAAAGCUCAAGCAGAGUAAAAAGAAAGCAAAGAUGCCAUCUGCCUGCACAGACAGCCAGCGGGACUGGGGCAAGGGUAUGGCCUGUGUUGGGCGUACUAAGGAGUGUACUAUUGUUCCUUCCAACCAUUAUGGACCUAUUCCUGGAGUUCCUGUUGGAACAACGUGGAAAUUCAGAGUGCAGGUGAGUGAAGCGGGUGUCCACAGACCACAUGUUGGCGGAAUUCAUGGUCGUAGCAAUGAUGGAGCUUACUCCCUUGUGCUGGCUGGAGGAUUUGAAGAUGAAGUAGACCGAGGAGAUGAAUUCACUUAUACUGGAAGUGGUGGGAGAGAUCUUUCUGGCAAUAAAAGGAUUGGAGAACAUUCAUUUGAUCAAACUUUAACACAUAUGAACAGGGCACUGGCCCUUAAUUGUGAUGCCCCAUUGGAUGAUAAAAAUGGAGCAGAGUCUAAAAACUGGAGAGCUGGUAAACCAGUUCGAGUGGUUCGCAGCUCAAAAGGGCGAAGAAUCAGCAAAUAUGCUCCAGAAGAAGGCAAUAGAUAUGAUGGCAUUUAUAAGGUGGUGAAAUAUUGGCCAGAAAUUGGAAAGUGUGGAUUCUUAGUUUGGCGCUAUCUUUUGAGAAGGGAUGAUGCUGAACCUGCACCUUGGACUUCAGAAGGAACUGAACGGUCAAAGAAACUGGGCCUGAGUUUACAGUAUCCAGAAGGCUAUUUGGAAGCCAUGGCUAGUAAAGAAAAGAAGGAUAAAGUAAAAAAACAAAUUGUCAAACCGGAGCCAACAGAACAGAGCAAUGGAAAUCAAAAAAGGCCAGUCGAUGAUGAAGCUGUAGAAGAACCUCCAAAAACAGCCAAAGCCAGGCGGAUGGGAGACGGAGGAAAAGGUGAAGCGUUCCAGUUGACUCAACAGCAGCAGUGGUUGAUUCAGGAAGACUCUCCAAACCAGAAGCUGUGGGAUGAAGUACUUGCUUCUCUUAAGGAAGGACCAAAUUUUUUGAAGAAACUGGAACAAUCUUUUAUGUGUGUCUGCUGCCAGGAGUUGGUUUACCAGCCAGUGACCACAGAGUGCCUCCACAAUGUCUGUAAAAGCUGUUUACAGCGCUCUUUCAGAGCUGAAGUCUUCACCUGCCCUGCUUGUCGACAUGACCUUGGAAAGAGCUACAUCAUGGUUCCCAACAAGAUCCUGCAGACGCUACUUGACCAGUUCUUCCCUGGUUACAGCAAAGGGCGAUGAUACAUGAUUGGUCCCCCAUUCUUCUCCUAAUGACUUAUAGACUGUAAAAAGAGAAGAAACCAGGAAAGCUCGUGGACCAGAAGGGGAGGGAAAUUCACUUUAAGGCCACCUUGUGAAACAGCUAAUCCAGUUCUCUUUCCCAUUUAGCAAUCUUUUGGUGUAGCAAGAACUUUGACUUCUCAGCUGUCUUUGAAACACUGAAGGUAGUUUUGGACAGAUGACAACUAGUUUGUACACAGGAAAAAUAGGGGCUUCAGCUCUGACUGGCUACAGUAGCUGAAGCUUCAAAUUAUGAUUUCAAUUUUUGUAACUACCUCAGAUGGAGGAAAACAAUUUGUGGGGAAUUUUAAGAGCAUGUUGAAUGAAGUUUCGCUACACACCACCUCCUGAACAAUUAGUUUUGCCUCGUCCCUGCAGUUUGAUUUUUACCAACGGAAUACGGCACUUAAUCCGGCUUUGAUUACAGAACAUCAACUUCUGUGGUGUGCAUAAUCUUUGUUUGUGUUUCUUCCCGUUAUGCUGUAUUUCUUUCUUUCUUUUGCAAGAACAGGCUUUUAGUCUAUUUUGGUGAGCGUCCUUGUGCUCUCGUAUCUUAUGCAAGUUGACUACUAAUGACUGAGAACAAUAUGAAUGCAUCGUUGCUGUUAAUGUAAAGUGAUUUGUGUUUUUUGCACUUAAGAGAGGUAUUCCAGACACUCGAUUUGUGUAAAAACUAUUUCAUAUGAACCAAGCCACUUUUUGUAUUCGGUAAUACUGUAUGCUUUUAGUAGGUCUUGUAUCAGUGGCAAUACAUCUUAACACGGCAUUGAGAGCAGUGCUAGCUUGGAGAGGGCUCAAAUGGCUUCAUAUUGUGAUCUGAAAUUUUAUAUACAGUAUAUUCUUCCUCCCCAUAUACCUUAUUAAAUAUUUUAUGAUUCUGAAAA